ACACAGGCUGAAAUCUCACUGUUGUUUUUAAAAAAAAAAUUAUUUCUCAUCUUUAAGCUUAUUAUUAACGGUCGAAGUUAUGCAAACGUGGAGUCUCGUAUCAAUCUGCGUGUUGCUUGGCGUUGCUGUGAGAUGGGGCGUUUCGUUAAAUUCAUAUUCAGGGGCGGGGAAACCUCCCAUGUUCGGCGACUAUGAAGCUCAAAGGCAUUGGCAAGAAGUGACCUACAACCUCCCUCUCCAGGAAUGGUACUUUAACACCACUGAGAAUGACUUGAACUACUGGGGUCUUGACUACCCUCCUCUGACAGCCUACCACAGCCUGAUCUGUGCUUACGCAGCCAAGAUGAUAAACCCUGAAUGGGUUGAGCUCCACCGAUCCAGAGGUUAUGAAAGUCCAGCGCACAAGUUGUUUAUGAGAGCUACAGUCCUGGUGGCAGAUUUGUUGAUAUACAUCCCUGCUGUGGUUUUAUACUGUUUAUAUCUCACUGAUGGAUCCUAUAAAAAGAAGGUUUCCGCUGUGUUCUGCUUCCUUCUGUACCCAGGCCUUAUUCUCAUUGACUAUGGGCAUUUCCAGUACAAUGGAGUGAGUCUCGGCUUUGCUCUGUGGGGAAUUCUGGCUCUGGGUCUGGGCUGGGAUGCAUUGGGCUCUGUAGCCUUUUGCCUGGCUCUCAACUACAAACAGAUGGAGCUGUACCAUGCUCUGCCCUUCUUCUGCUACUUGCUGGGGAAGAGUGUGAAACUGGGCCUGAUGGGGCGAGGGCUUUUCCUGUUGGUGAGAAUUGCUUCAACAGUGUUGGUGACUUUUGCCCUCUGCUGGCUGCCCUUCCUGUCUGACCCCGGUCACGCCUUGCAGGUGGUCAGGAGGAUCUUUCCCGUGGCUCGCGGUCUGUUUGAGGAUAAGGUGGCUAACGCAUGGUGCAGCUUGAACAUCCUGAUAAAGAUCAGAUCCAUUCUGUCCAGUGACUCCCAGAUCUACCUCAGUUUGGCCUGCACUCUCCUGGCAGCCCUACCCUCCUGCAUCAGACUUCUGACCAAGCCCACCUUCUGGCAGUUUAAACUGGCCCUGGUCAAUUCAUCUCUGGCAUUUUUCCUCUUCUCCUAUCAAGUCCACGAGAAGUCCAUCCUUUUGGCUGCCUUGCCUGCCUGCCUCCUGCUCAAUGACCUCCCCUUAAUGGCUAUUUGGUUCCUGCAGGCCUCUACGUUCAGCAUGCUGCCACUGUUCCUGAAGGACGGUCUGCUGGUGCCCUAUGUUGUGACUUCGCUGGGCUUCCUCUUCUUCAGCAUCUAUCUACUGUCUGCACUGGAGCACUGUUCAGAGGAAGAGCUGAGACUGGGAGCCUACCACAAGCUGUUUUUCUGGCUACCCAAACUGGACCUGGCCUGGAUUGUAAAAUGGAAGUUCUACAUCAGCGUAGCAGUCAUGGCUGCUCUGAGCAUCGUGUCUAUUGCUCUCGUUCCUCCACCAAAUCUACCUGACUUGUUCCCUGUGUUGGUGUCCAUGGCUGCUUUCGCGCACUUCUUUGGAACAUUUAUAUAUUUCAACGUUGUCCAGUUCAGCGAGCCACCCAGCAGAAAGAGCCAGAAGAAGAACAACUGAAUGGUGUCAAAUUCAGCCAUAUGCACAGCAAGAGACUUCUCAGUUAAUUUUGCUUCAAGGAAGCCAGUGUUACACCAUGGGGCAUGUUAAUGUGCAUGAAGGCUUCACUCAUGGCAUUGUGUCGCCAAUGCAAGAAGCACAAAUGUAGCUUCAAUAAUGAUCAAAAGAAAAUUUAUUGGCAACUUUUUGGAUGAUCAAUUAAUCAUCAGUGUACAUUUUCAAGCAAAAAACGCCAAACAUUUGAUGGAUCGAGCUUCUCAAAUAUGAACAUUUUCUGCAUUUUCUCUAUUUGCAUUAUAGUAAAUUGGAUUUUUGGGGUUUUAGGCUGUUGCUUGGACAAAACAAAAUAUUUUACAAUAUUUGUCUUACCUUUUCUAGAACAAAUGAUUAAUCAAGAAGAUAAUUUGCAGAUUAAUUGUUGAGAAAAGCAAUUGUUAGUUGCAGCCCUACAUAGAUGUUUAUUAUAAGGGAUAUUGUGGGAUGAAAAAUCAUUACAUUUAACAUAGGGAGGCAGGGGAGCUAUGACAUUAAGUCAUCAGGCUAGUGAUAUUUUUCCAGUUUGGACCAAAUCAAUUCUUGCGAUCAGUGAACCAAUUACUGGACCAGUAAUACUCAAAUUUUCAAACUACACGAUUGCUGGCUAAUCUCAUAAGUAGAAGUGCACAAGCGGUGUGCAGCCUGCACAUUUGACCUUAGAUAGCUCUGUGCCUGUAUGUUUAAGCAACACGGGGUGGUCACAAUAAUAGGAACACCUGUUGUAAUGUUAUGUAAAUGUUAAGACCCAGGGAGAGGUGUUGAUUUAAUUUUGUGGUAACUUUUAAAGCCAUAGUUGGUGAUGGUGCUUGACUUAAUGGUAUAGUAAGGUGUUCUUGUUAUUUUGUCCCCUCCCAGUACCUCUUUUGGUUGUUGUGAUUAAAAGACAAUAGGACUGGACUCAGGUGUAAGUGUUGAACAUUAUUCAUGCAAACUUUUUUUUUAAACGUUUUCUACUGUGUAUAUUUUUAUCCAUCAUUGAAGUUCUUUUGUACAAACUUAGUUUUUGUGAAAAUAAAUAAAA